GGGUGCCAUCGCCGAUUUGACCCGACAAGAUUCAUCAAGUGCAGCGUUGCCAUGUGGCGACAGCGCCGGGCUGUUGCUACUGGGACUGGUAACCAGUGUGCCGUAGAGCCGAAGCAGGGCGGCAAUGAAGAGCUUCCCGACAUCGAGUAGCUUGAGCAAGCCUGGAGGCACCAAGGAGAAGCUCUUGAAGCUGAUCCGAAGUCAUCCAGCCUGUGUGUUGGCCCUCCGGCUUGAUGUGACGAUGCGGAUCUCGGAUGAGGACAUCAUGGAAGGCUUAGCCAACUCCGCCGACAAUCUGGAUAUCGACUUCAGGGAAAGGAUGGUGCCAGAGGAAAUCAUCCAAGAAAUUUUGAACUUGCGCCGAGAAGCGCGAGCUGAAGCUGCUUUGAUGUCGAAGAUCCGUCGUCACAACGUGUGGAUCGUCUUGAUUCGCCUGCCUCUCUGUGCUUCUGGAAUCCUAGUCUUUAUCUCCCUGCUGUUGUGGCUGACGACCUUUGAAUAUACUCGCGCCGUGUGCGCCUUGUACGAGUUUGCCAAUGCCACCUGCAGCCAAGCGAACACAUGUCUCUUCCGGGUGGCCGUGCAGUUGCCAGGAGAAGAGUUCUCCAUCUUUCAUCCAGCAUGGAAAAUGCCUGCGGAGGAAGCAUAUGGCACAACGAUUUUUGCACAGAAUGGUCCUUUCAAGUGUUGCAACAGCCCCAGAUUCUACGCCACCGGCGGCGCGGCCACAGCGAUUGAAGCAAUUGGCGCUGGAACGCCCUGUUGCGACUUUUUGGACGAGAACCGGUCCCUCUUCUGCGACAACUUUGGUGAUCUCGAUCGGCGGCCACACCCAGUUUCGGAUUGUCCCGCCUCACCCUGGCAUUGCGGAGUUAAGACCGAGAUCAUCGACAGAGAAACCCACGUGAAGGAGCUCCGACCCUGGGUGGAAGCGCCAAGUCUGGAAAUCUUCUUGGCCUCGCUGGCCUGCUUGGGCACGGCUGGCGCCGUGCGCCUCUUUCCCCACUUUGUGGCCUUUAUGGGCAGGCAUUUGGAGCACUGUGCGGCCAGCUUUCAGAUCUAUGCCCGUGGCGCCAAGCGCCGCCUCCGGCGACUGCGGAAUCGAUCCAGAAAUCGCUCCUCGCGGCUGUCCACGUCCAGCGAGGCGGAAGUGGAGGUCAGCGAGCGCAGGACCUCACGUAAAGCCAAAGCCAAGGCCACUGCAAAGGUGAGAGAAGUUGAACCAGAAGAGGUCAUGAGCACUGACGGCUCAGAAGUGGCAUCAAGGGCACUGCAGCUGAUGCAGCCCAGAGCUUCGCAGCAGGCCGCCAAUGAAGUAGGCUUCACAGUCCAACCUUCACCCGUUGUGACGGUUGCGGUCCGAGCCGCCAAAGUUCAGCCGCAAGCGACGCACAGUUCGGCACCGAAGACGGAGGCGGUGAAGACGGAGCCCGUGCGACUGGAGAGACCGGAGGGGCAAGCUUUCCACUUGGCGACUUGUGUGAACGAGGCUUCAAUCAUUGCGGUUCUACAUUUCGCCAAAACAAAUUCUGAUGGAACUGCCAUCGAUGCCGCGCUGUGUCGAUCAAGGAGAUCCUUCGGCCCAUCAUCACGCCCGCCACGCGGCGUAGCGACAACUCCCGGGACCGGGACCACUGGGACCAGGCACCCCGGCAGCCAGCGGCUGCGGCGCCGGCCACGCAGCACUUGUUGCGUGCAAAGGCACGGCCGCGGCCGCGGCGGGCGCCACAUGCAGUGGCACCGCAGGCGACGGCGUCGCCGGCGAAGGUGAUGCAAAUGUCGCAGACCCAGGAGCAAUGGAUGGCCACUUCGGCCCAGCUGCGGCAGUUGAGCCAGUCGCAGGCGCCCCCGCCCGACGUGGGCAUCGCACCGCGGAGAAACAAAGGGCGUGGGACUUUGCCGCCCAGGGCGACGCAGAUCUGAGGAUCUCCGUACAACAGCGGCAGUGUGAUGGAAUUUGCCUCAUGUACAGAGCGCGCUAUUUCCGGUGCCCUUUUAGGCACUGGGAUGAUCCAGCUUGAGUUGGUGCCUAGUAACUGGGUUCCAAAACCCCCCGAGCCCCCGACCUGCUACGAUUUCC